AUGACUGGCAGAAGUACCAAACUUUCUUUACAUAAUUUUACGCUUUAUUGUGAUUCGUUGAUAUAUUAUCCAAAACAUCCAUUAAUUUCACCGUAUAUAACGACUGUGUAUAAUAAAACAUUGAUAAUCGAAAGUUUUACAAACACACAUUAUAAUAUAAGUCUUCAAAAUCGUACGCCGCAUUUAUAUUGCUUAAUGGAUAGAGAAAAUCAAAUAUGUAUCAAUGAAACUCUUCUAAAAACAUAUCCGUAUCCUCCCUUUGAUUAUCUCCACUACGGUCCUAAAAACAACGUUCAAGCUAUAGAUUUUACCAAUAGCUACAUGUGCAGCCAUUCGAAUGAAAAAAUUUCUCGAACUCGUCUCAAUAACGGAUUCUAUGAUUGUUUAUUUAAGGAUGAUGAGUUGAACAACAUUACAUAUUCUAUUAGUAAAAAGUAUCAUUAUCGUUGUGAAUCUGAAGUACCUGUUCAGUACGUAAGUAUUCAACAAUUGGGUGAUGGGUCAGUCGACUGCAUGGACGGUUCCGACGAGUUGUCAACAAUAAUUGACUGGCAACUUGUUCAAUGUGACUCAGAAACAAAUUAUGCAUGUCGAUUGUUACAAAAUGGAGAAGGAUCGACUGCCAAGCUAUCUCUUCAUCUGUAUUGUAAUUCGUUGUGGGAUAUGAAAUAUGGUUUAGACGAACAAAAUUGCUCUAAAUGGGUGUGUCGUUCAGAUGAUUUUCAGUGUAAAAACACUGGUCAAUGUAUUAAUCGAAAGUGGGUGUGUGAUGAUGAAUGGGACUGUGCAAAUGGAUUCGACGAGUUAAAUUGUCCAAUUAUGAACAAUAAAUCGCGAUUCAUUCUCGAAGACCUAUGUGAUGAUAAAACUGAACAUUUUUGUAUAACGAAAGAGUUCAUCUCAGAUCAAAUACAUCACAAACCAUGCGUUCAGUACACACGAGCCGGUGAUCAUACCAUUGAUUGUAUUGGCGGUCGUGAUGAGCGUAAUACCGUGUCCUGUUUCGAUGGUCGAAUGUUAGGUGAUCGUUUUAGAUGCUCAAACGGAACAUGUAUUAAUCAUGAACAACUCUGUGACGGACUCGCCGACUGUACGGAUGGAGAUGAUGAGAAAAUUUGCUAUUGGAACAAAUUGAAUAAUUGUUCAUCUUUUCCAUGUUUCGAUGGGCGGUGUGCUGAACGUUGCACGACUUUAACAUCUAAAGCAUGUUCACAAUCUGAACAAUUGCUUUGGUGUCCGAAACUAAAAACAGUCAUGUCCGUCGUGACAUCUGCCUAUCGAGCAGGAAAGGUAAUAUCAACAUCGAACUACAAUGAAUUCUGCGACAGCAGCACUCACCAACCACAUUUAAAUACCAUACAAGAUGAUGUCAUUUCGAAAAGAAUAGACAGACAAUUUCACGGCUAUUGUAACAGAGGAUUCUAUUUACUAACAAAUCAAUCGAGAACAGCGAGAUGUUUCUGUGCACCACCUUACUUUGGCGAUCAGUGUCAAUUUUCGAGUCGACGAAUAACGUCAAAAGUGAGAAUAAAUCGUUUACAUCGAUCGGAUUUGCCUUUUACUUUAUUUCUUCUCGUUCAAUUAAUAUGUAAUGACACAACUAUUAUUGAUCAUUCGAGUUUCGUUCAUGUUAUUGACGACAAUACAAAAUUUCAUAAUUACCUACUUUAUUCUCGGACAAAACUCGAAAUCUGUCUCUAUUCUGUUCGUUAUGAAGCAUUUUAUGUGAAGAAAACAACUGUUGAACUUCUUGCCGUAUGGCAAUAUUCUAUAAUGCCAUUCAAUUUUCUCCCAUCGUAUCGUCUAGCAAAAAUAUUCAAUUUUCCCAAUGAUGUUCGAAUGCCAUUACUCUGCACGGCCAAUUUAUGUUUUAGUAAUGGAACGUGUUAUUUACUGAAUAAUAAUCAAUCAUCAUAUUUUUGUUAUUGUCAACGAGGAUGGAGAGGACGACACUGUGAAUUGGUCGACGAUGAGUGUAGUGAUAAUAUUCGUUGUGCGCCAGAUUCUGUGUGUCGUGGAAACGCUAUUUGUUUAUGUAAGCAAGGCUAUUCGUUGCCAAAUUGUUUCAUACAAAAUAACGUAUGUAAUAAAAAUCUUUGCACAAACAAUGGCAGUUGUCACCCACUUAUGUCUGUCAACAAGUAUAAAUGCGAGUGUGCAUUGGGGUUCAGUGGAGAACACUGCGAGAAACCUGAUAUGUACAUUCAUUUUACAAUUACAAAAGAGAUAAAAUUUCUAAAUCCGUUAACGAUUCAAUUAUUAAAACUGGUCAGAGGUUACGCUAGACUGAGGUUACAACUGAUCGCGCAUCCAACACGACUUCCAUUCACGAUAAUAAUCAAUGUGAAUAGUGAAAACACAGUGCUUAAUAAUGGACCAGACAUGGGACUUGUU